CCCUCUGUCCAGGUGCAUCUGCAGCCCCAAGACAUGUCCUGCUACACCCCGUGCCGGCCCUGCCAGCCCUGCGGCCCCACCCCGCUGGCCAACAGCUGCAACGAGCCCUGUGUCAGGCAGUGCCAGGACUCCACCGUGGCCAUCCAGCCCUCGCCCGUGGUGGUGACCCUGCCCGGGCCCAUCCUCAGCUCCUUCCCACAGAACACCGCCGUGGGAUCCUCCACCUCGGCUGCUGUUGGCAGCAUCCUCAGCUCUCAGGGAGUGCCCAUCAGCUCCGGGGGCUUUGGCCUCUCAGGCUUGGGCAGUGGCCUCUGUGGCACGAGGUGCCUCCCCUGCUGA